UUGGCUACACCGGCGGAGGCGCCUCUCCCAUUGGCCGGGCGCGCCGUCCGUCCGGUCCGUGCCGCGCGCCGCCGCCGCCAUGGUGCGGUUCAAGAACAGGUACGUGCUCUGCGAGGUGGUCUCGGAGGACCCGCGGUGCCGGCAGUGCAUCGAGGACCGCGCGCUGGGCCUCGCCGUCAGAGACGCCAUCGCACGGGUGCACGGGGACUACGGCCUGGCGUGCUGCUCCAUCUCCUUCACAGUGAAGUACCUGAACGCCUACACCGGGACGGUGCUGCUGCGGUGCCGCAAGGACUCGUACCGGCUGCUCUGCUCCGCGCUGCCCUUCGUGCGCUACCUGGAGAGCCGCGCCCAGCGCUACCCCUGCUUCCUCAACACCCUGCACGUCGGAGGUACCAUAAGAACAUGUCAGAAAUUUCUGAUUCACUAUAACAGAACACAGCUGCUGAGGUUGUUGCAAAACUGUACAAAUGAAGAAGAAAGACAAUGUAUACAGAAGUCCUUGUUGAGCUGUUCCCUUACAGAAGAGCAGUCUCAAAGUGGAGAUGAGGAGGAAGAUGAUGGCACAGAGACAGACUGAACGUCACUUGUUACUGUUCACCUCCAUUCCAUAUUCAUUUAAGCAAGAUGUGAUUGGUUAUCUUCAGUGUUAAGCAGUGCAGGGGACAGGAAAAGCAUUUGUUCAUAUUUAGACUUCAUUCCCCAUUCCAGAUGUUCUUAAACAAUUUUUUUAAAAAUAAAACCUGAUUUCACUUAA